AUGGACGAAGAAUUUUCCACGGUGAUGCCGCCACGUCCGAACGCUAAGCGACUGCAUCGCAAGUCCGAUUCCUCGCCCGAGGUCUUGCUCCAACAGCAGCAACAGCAACGUCUGAAGCGCGAGACGAACCUCACGCGCGAACUCAUCGACUUUGACUUGAUCAAAGGGUCAGCACUGUUCCAUACGAAACCUACAAGCCACGACCGCAAGCUCGUGCAGAAAGGGUUCACCCGUGCCCUAUUUCUGCCGUUCUAUCCCGCCUUUUGGCAGCACAAGCCGUGGCUUUAUCGGACAUCGACGGCGCUCUACGCACUGCACUUUACCGCCGUAUGCAUUUACAUUUUCCAGCACAAGACGACGUCGCCACAUAAUGUGUUCGAGGUGUUGUUUCCAAUAUUCCUGUUAUUCCUGGUGGCAAUUGCCUACGGUCGCGUGUCGAGCGCAUUGCAGAUGCCAGAUAUUGCCGACCCGGCAUGCAAGAUCCUGUCGCCUGCGAAGCAGGUGAUGGCAACUGUUUGCGGCUCCGAGUUGGACAAUAUACAGGCGGCUUCAGGACUGGGCUCAGCACUUGCGGAGUCUGAGAACUCGGAUGGCACCGAUAGCGACGAAGACAGUGGCAAUUCGUCGUCGUCCAGCGACGAGUCGAAUCCUAAUGAUGACAUGUUCCCGCACAAAAGUAACUCUGCUCCGUCCUCUCCAAAACGCACGCAGGUACUUCGCCAAUUGAUCGGUAUCCCGUCAAUGCCUUUGCCGCCACGUGUACCGUCAGGCUUAGGAUUUGACCGUGACGACCAGUUUGCUAGAAGACGUGUGACUGUCUGCGUUUGGGAGCACGGCAGUCCCGUAAAACGAGCCAUGUCGAUCACGGAGCUACGGAGUACGAUUCUUGCUAAGGUGAAGGCUACACACGUUCGUAUGUUUUACCGCAAGAUCGCAGAAUUUGCUGCGAUUGUUCUUGCGUUGGUGCCGAUUGCACUACGAUCAGCGACGAAAUGUCAGGAGUUGAAUUGCCUCACAGCGACGCAGGAGCCGCUCGAGAUGCUCGUACGGAUAUCCCAUCUAUUCAAGGAGCUUUCGGUGGAUCGUCUCUAUGUACACGCUGAAGAGCUUGCGUCUGGCGCGUCCGUGAUCUCGAUUUCGUGCAUGUUGACAACGUAUUACUUGGCAUCCAUCAUUUUCGCUGCCCUCGCCGACGCCGAAGUCACGUACCACCGCCGAUUCUUAUACGCCAAAUGUUUCACGGCAUUAACGUCGUCACGGCGCGCGCGAAUGGCAAACCUUCCCCACUUCCGCUUGAAGAAUGUGGUGAACAUAAAAGCGUGGAUCUCGCUUCGUGGUGGACGCACUUGGCUGAAGCGACAAGGCCGCCAACGUGCAGCCGAUGAAAUCGUGUCGACGUCAUUUUUGAUCAUCCUCGUGCUGCUCGUCGUCAUGGGAAUGCAGGCCGUAUCGGAUGGAUCCGGCUCGCUCUCGGCUGAUAGCAUUGUUCCGAUCGAAGUGACAAUUUGGUGCAUGCUUACCUCCGUGUUCAUGCUGCGUUUUAUGAUGCUGGGCUCUAACAUCAACAAGAAGUACCAGAACACAUCGCUGCUAUUGACAGAGCAGAUGAACGUUUACCUCCGUCUGCUGGCCAAGCCGCACAAGAAGGACAAGCUUCUUGUAUCGAACAAUGUGUUGAAGCUUGCGUGUAAACUACUAAAGGAGCUGAACUCGCCCAACAAGGUGUCAGGCCUGACCAUGAACCCGCUGCUUUAUAACGUCACGCGUGUGGUAGUUUUGUCCGCCUUUUCGUCCACUGCGUCCGACUUUUUCGGCUUCAAGUUGAAACUCUGGAAGCUCAAGGCGUAA